CUGGUCCACCCCAAGGGCAUCGUGGAGCGGCUCACCCGCCCGACCUGGGCCUCCGAGGUCAUGAAGCAAUACCCGCGCCACUGCGUGACCCGACCCGACGUUUUCAAGAACCCCUGGAUCGCGGUCCACCCGGACUCCCUCCUCAAGCUCGGCUGCGUCUUCUACGUCGUCCCUUACCUCACCAUCAACCGCUUACUCAAGCAGCACUCGCCAAAUCUCGCGGCGACGGCUGCGACACUCUUCUUCUUUCAUCGACCGGCCGCGGCGAAGGGGAUCUACGGAUUGUUCCACGGAGAUGAUCGGUUUCGAUCGGCUCGUCAAGCACAGAUCUGA